CUUCAACUUAUUCAUCAAACUUUUUCAUGCAUCCAGCAAACCUCUGAAUGGAUCCAUCAACUCUUGAUUUUAGUCGGGCCUUGAGCUUUGUAACGCUAUUUGAAGACGAAACAUCUCGAUGGGAUGCAGUCACUUCACGCAACACCAAUGCGGAUGGUUUCUUCGUCUAUGCAGUUCGCACUACCAAGAUAUUCUGCCGACCAAUAUGCAAAGCCCGUCUUCCCCGCCGAGCAAACGUCUCAUUCUUCACCAAUGGCUACGAUGCCCAGAAAGCUGGUUUCCGCCCUUGCAAACGCUGUAAGCCCGAAGUAGCAGGGUUCAUGCCAGAGGAAACAGCUGUGCGAAAGAUCCGGGCGUUUGUACAACAACAAACAGAGAAACAGGGCGACGCGGAAGUCAGGCCGAGCCUCAGUCAGAUGGCGAGGCAGACCGGGUUGUCUAAGUGGCACUUUCACAGAGUGUUUAAGAAAUGUGUUGGUGUGACACCAACAGAGUAUCUGAGAAAACAAAGACAAGGUCAAGGUGUCCAGAGCUUGCUGGAAAAUGGAGAAACAAGUUGGAUAGACAAACUGGACUUCGAAACUCUGGGCCAAGAAGACCUUGACUUUGCUUCUUGGGAUGAGUCUGUGGUUGGCUCAGGGUAUGCAACUACAGAAACACCAUCAACAACUCUCAGUGGCAGUGGCAGUGGCAGUCCAUGGUCUAUCGAGGAAUUCUUGAUAUGGCCAGAAGAGAAUAAAGCGACGCUUGAAUAAUGAUUUCAUAUCCUGCUGAUCCUUCAAUGUAGGCUCGUUGGGCUUACGUUGCCACUUCUCUAUGAUACAUGGAGCAGCUAAGCUUUAAAAGCAAUGAUCAAAGCUCACGAUAAACACAAACAUCGUCCCAGACUGGCGGCGCUUGACACAGACAUUUCUGGGCCUUGCACGUGUUGUUUCUGGUGAACAAAGUUGAACGGCGUGGGUGGUUUCGGCAGCGUUUCACAUCUACAACACAUUUUGGCUGAACUAUUUACAAGGAUGCUCAAGCGAGCCUCAACCGAAACCCCAAAAUCACGGCAACCACCCGUGCCGGUCGCAGUCUUUGCAUGACGAUGGUAUCAACUAGGCAAUUUCCAACCGGAAUUGUGUUGAAUGACUGAAAAAAAUGUUAGCUUGACAGCUUGACCAGACAGCUGUGUUGCAGUACUCUCCAGUCCUUUGUGGGUGGUACUUUUGCGCGUUGGGAGUUUAUCAACACCAACACAAUUCAACGAUUCUACCAAUUACUAAUUACCAGUCACUCACUUUGUGAGGCUCUAUCUCAGUCUUGAAUCAAUUUCCAUGGCAGCCUCCCAUUCAACUAUUUACUACCUGAUGGAUACUAUCUAAUGCGCCAAAGGACUCGGGAUGUCCGUAUCCGAGACCUGCGAUGCCUCUGAAUCGCGGAGGAGACUUUUUGCGACACAUGCCUGUCACUUGGCCAUGGCCAAGACGCUUGGAAACUAUAGGCUAUCCAGUUAAGCACCUAUAGUCUAGACUCUAUUCUUCACCAGCAACACUAAACAACGAGACGCCAACCCUGGGGAGAACCUCAAGUUGGAAACGGCGCUUACUGAUAUGGUUUCGUCAAACAAUAUCGUAGCAGGUCAUGUAUGAUCGCCGUAACGAGGUUCAGGAUGGUUGCCAAGUUGCAUUGAUUCAAGCUUAUUCAAAUUUAACUACUCGAUAAUGUUGAGAGAAACAUCU